UUGAACGAAGUCGAUUUCUUCGUGUCGAAACAGGCGGUAAAAAACGAACAAAAGGAAGAGGGCGCAAAAAGAAACCCAGUUCUAGGGUUUUGUUUUUUCUUUGAUUUUCAACCCAAUCGAAUUGAUGAGAUGACAAUUCCCCAACUCUCAAUUACCUGAGUUCCUAUAGCCUCCUACUUGUCCACUCUCCAUCAGAUUCCUUCUCUACGGGAAGUUUCGUAUUCUACAUGGUUGGGCUGAUCGGAAGCUCGGCUUGCCAAAUUCUUCGGGGGUGUAUGGCAUUCCGAUUGCUUUGGACGGAGUGGCUUUCCUCGCAGCAGACAGAAAGCUGGGUUCUUGAUGGUUAUGAUAGUCCUAUUACAGAUAUAUUUAGAAUGGGGGAGAAAUUGAAAUGUAACUUGUUUUUGGGUUUUGGGAUUUAUCGAUCAUGUCUGGAAGAAAUCGAGGACCACCGAUGCCACUAAAUGGUGUGCCUCACGGUGGACUACCACCUGUUCGCGAACCUCAUUUUGGCAGAGGCCUUGGGCCAGUGCCACAUCCAGCGCUUCUUGAGGAAAUCAGAGAAUCACAGUAUGGGAUGCAUCCAGGAUCCCUUCCUCCACACCCUGCAAUGAUCGAGGAGCGUCUUGCUGCCCAACAUCAGGAUAUCCAAGCUCUUCUUCUCGACAACCAGAGGCUAGCUGCCACCCAUGUUGCUCUUAAGCAGGAACUAGAAGCAGCCCAGCAUGAGUUGCAACGCAUGGCUCAUGUUGCUGAUUCCUUACAUGCAGAAAGGGACAUUCAGAUGAGAGAAUUAUAUGAAAAAUCAGUAAGACUAGAAGUUGAUCUGCGAGGAGUUGAGACUAUGCGAGCAGAGCUUCUUCAAGUUCAUUCUGAUGUCAAGGAAUUAACUGUUGCAAGGCAGGAACUCACUGGUCAAGUACAAGCAAUGUCACAGGAUCUAACUAGAAUGACUGCAGAUUUGCAGCAGGUCCCUGCUUUGAAGGCAGAAAUUGAAACUGUGAAGCAGGAAUUACAUCGUGCUAGAGUUGCAAUUGAGUAUGAAAAGAAGGGAUAUGCGGAGAAUUAUGAGCACGGUCAGGUUAUGGAGAAGAAACUGGUUUCAAUGGCUCGGGAGUUGGAGAAACUUAGAGCUGAGGUUGCUAAUGCAGAGAAGAGAGCUCAUGCUUCUGCUGCUGCUGUUGGAAAUGCUGCUGCUGGGUACGGUACAAAUUAUGGCAAUGCUGAUGCUGGAUAUGCGGGAAAUCCAUAUUCUUCGAGUUAUGGCUUGAACUCCGUGCAGUCUGGUACCGAUGGUUAUCCUCCAUAUGGACCUGGAUCUGUUCCCUGGGGUGCAUAUGACAUGCAACGGGCUCAAGGACAUAGAUAGACUGAUGAAUUAUGUCCUGCUAAGAUGUUUCUUGUGGAGGGCUUGAGGUUCAAAUCACAAAGCAUUGAUAAUUAGGUUUGUGGGCCUUCCGUGAUCAGCUUAAUUUAUGGCUAUGAACCGAUUUCAGAUUGUACUAAGGUCGUAUGAAAAUGUCUGUCGGAGCUGAACUCCAAAAUCCUCCAUCUGAAGUCAGUUUAGCUCGUGGCUUGAACAAUCAACAAUUUGUUCCAUCUUAGGAAGCUAUCAAAUACUCUUCCUGGCAUAGGUCUUUACCAACUAGCAGUACAUCAUUCAGUGUGGUUGGCUUUGCACCCUAUGCUCUGGCAUGGAUCGUGUCGCCGCAGUUCGACAAAACUGGUUUCGCCGAGUUUAAUUGCCCCCCCCCCCUGCAGUGAAGUUGGCUGAAUAACAGCAGAGCCUGCCUGCACUUGGGGUGCGCCUACAGCCCUCCAUCACGCAAAUAUCAGUGUAUGCCACAGCUUAAGAUAUAUUUUGUAUGUAUUCUACUCUGAAUUCUUACUCCAACUUAUGAAUCAGAUGCAAAUAUCUAUUAGGUGACUAAUUGUACAACUAAUUAUAAGAUGAUGUGGCGUUUU